CCAAAGUCCUCCUACAAGUUACGUUGUGACACAUUCGCGAUAAUAUACAAUAAGUUUACUAUCAACGUUUACUAACAACAAUGACAGCUUUAUUCUUUGGUUUUUAUUUUGGUUUACUUUGCGUUUCGUUUGGUUUUUCAGAAAGCUUCGAUCAGAGCCGAAGAAAUCUGGAUAAAAAUCCAAAUGACCUUUCAGAUGUAAAAAGAAAUGCAAUUGGGACCAACACUACAAUUGAUCAUUGGUGCUGUUCUGUUGAAACAACUAAAGAGGCCAUUGUUAGCAAAUCUACUCUGAUUUACACAACAGAGGCUGUACAGAUAGCUUCUAAUCAUACUUGUGGCUUCCUGGGACUUCAAAUCUGUACAAAUCACCACACUGUCUACAAAACAGUUUCAAGAUUAAUUACAACUUAUGAAAAUAAAACAAUUCAAAUGGAAUGUCCUAAGGAAAAUCUUGUUUGUUGUGCCGGAAAUAUCCACCUGGCUGGAAAGUGUAUCCCUUUGAGUGAGGUCUCGCACAUUUUAGGGACAUUGGGAUAAUUAUAAAUUUGCAUUAUAUGGACGAGAGAAAAAAAUAAACCGAAAAAUAUGG